UUCUCACGCUGUUGCGAAGGAAACAACUCCGCAUUCGGAAUUACCGGCGCGCCAACGCUAAGCUUUUACCUUAGCGUAUCUGAGUCAUUUAACGUGGCGUAGGGUGGGCAGCCCGGCGCCACAGGCCACCCCGCCACCUGGAGGCAAACGCCGGGACCCAAGCUCCGGGCGGAAGAACUUGCAGAACGAAAACGCCCUGGGGGCGGGGCGGAGACUUGCAUAAGCCACACCCAAGCCCUUCCUUCCAGACCCCGCCCCGUCCGAGGUCCCCGUUUCCGGCCGACCCGGAUGCAGAUUUCCCAAACGGAAGGGCUCUUUUCCCGGUGCGGGUUUCAGCGUUUCUAGUUGCAGCUGGCACGUUGAUGGUCUGGGUGUUGCGGCCUCCACACCCGGAGUCCGGGCCCUCGCUAACUUGACAGUCCCCGCAUCCGCCAGCCCCGCCCGCGGGGAGCCCGGCCUGGUCGGAAGACGUUGUGCUGCUGCACUGGAUCCGCGUCUGUUUCCGAUCUGAAUCAAAGCUCUGUUCUCUCCACUGGGUGGCUCAUAGGAAAACAAGAGGAUACAGUACCCAGAAUCCAGCUGUCACCUCCCCAGAAAUUUAAACACUUCUCCAGUUCCUCAGACCCCUCAACUCACCCCAGAAGGCAAAAGAUUCAAUUUCUCCAUCAUAGUACAUGCAUACAACGGGCAGAGAGCAAAGCUUGGUAAUCACCUUGGCAUUGCCUAUCUCUGUGAUGCUGAAGACAUUCUCAUCUCUGUGCAUUACAGAAGAGAUUCAGAUUUCCAGAGUUGGUAAGCUUUGGAAGAUGCUAGUGGAGCAUUCUGCACUAUGGAGACAUGUACGUGACACCUUACAGGGGGAGCAGAAUGAGUGCCACUGAUCUCUCCAAAUGGAGUAAGUCCUUGAAUUGAGUAAUCCUAUCAUAAACUUAGUUUUUUUGACAUCCACAUCUGGGGGGGGGGAGCGCAGAUCGCAGAGGUGGAGUUGAGGGAGAGCAGAAAGGCAAUGUGGCUCCAGAAGGUUGCCAUGGAUGCUGGACAACCACUGCUUGUGUAGGAGAAUAAGGAAAUCUGAGAAAGUCGAGUAUUUACCUCCAGAUGGAAAUCAAACUCGACAUGCGGCCGAAGUCCAGGAUCCCCACGCUCUGGAGUCACAGAGGGAACUGAAGAACUCUGGAUGCCGUGGGCUGAUUGCCAUAUACACUCAAUACUUUCAGUGGUCUUAUCCUGAGACAUCUAUAUUUGUAUUUUUUUUUUGGGGGGGGGUGUUUUUUUUAGCAACUGUAGUCAGUCUUCUUAACUCUAGACCACGGGAGAGGAGGCGAGUCCUCUGCAUUUCUUGUAGAGCGCGCUGCAGGUUGGUGGGGCUGGGUGGGGAGUGUCACAUCCAGGUGAAGGUUUGGGGCUUCAUGACAGUUUAGACUGGACAUUAUGUGCAGGACCGCAUCUCAUGGCUUCUUUCUCCGUCCUCAGCUUUGCCUGCUUAGUGCUUGGACUGCCAGUGAGCGAGGACCCAGAGAAAGACACCUGCAUCUGGGUUAUUGACAAUGCAGCCACUGGAAUCAGUGACAUUUGAAGAUGUAGCUGUAGACUUCACCCAGGAAGAGUGGGCCCUGCUGGACGCAUCCCAGCGAAAGCUGUUCAGAGAUGUGAUGCUGGAAAAUAUACGUCAUCUGGUCUCCCUGGGUGAGCCUGCCAGGUACCAACAUUGCCAGUCAGAUGUGAUUUUCCAGCUGGAGCAGCAGGGAGAAGAGCUGUGGGCUGAAGGAAGCGGAUCUCUCCAAGGCCAGGGUCCAGGUGGGGAAAGUGCCCUUAAAGAACAAGACAUGAUUGCCCCACAGCGUAUCAGCAGCAAGGACACAUCUAUGGUCAUGCCAGAGCAGAAGUCUCCUUCGCCAGAGGAUCCCUUUGAAUGCAGUGACUUGGAAGAAGAUGUCACUCGCAGCUUCAUGGUGACUCGGCGUCUGUUGACUCCCACAGAAAAGACCCCCUGUGUCAGUGAACAGUGUCAAAAAUCCGUUAGUGAGUCGUACCUUAAUCAACACAAGCACCUUCACACUAGAGGUAAAUCAUGUGAGUGCCAUCUGUGUGGGAAAGCCUUUAGCAAUUGCUCCAGCCUGAGGAGACACGAGAUGACUCACACCGGAGAGAAGCCCUACGAAUGCCGUCUCUGUGGGAAUGCCUUCAUUCAAAGCUCUGACCUUAGAAAACACAAUCUGACUCACACUGGAGAGAAACCAUACGAGUGUCACCUGUGUGGGAAAGCCUUCAGCCAGUCCUCCAACCUCAGACAGCACGAGAGAACGCACACGGGGGAGCAGCCGUACGAGUGCCACCUCUGUGGGAAAGCCUUCAGUAAAUGCUCUGCCCUCAGACGGCACGAGAGAACGCACACUGGGGAGAAACCGUACGAGUGCCACCUCUGUGGGAAAGCCUUCAGUCAGUGUUCUGCCCUGAGACGACACGAGGGCACCCACAACGGAGAGAAAAUUAGGAAUGCCUUCGGCAAAUGUCCUGACCUCACAUGACCCGCGUGGCACGACUGUCACGAAGGCGGGCACCACGUCCACCACAGCGGUUAACACUGAAACGCGCCACAGGACUCGCACGUCGUUCGGUCUCAUUCGUCGGACUCACGCAAACUUCUCUGGGAGAAACCCGCCGUGUGCCGUCCACGCGGCAAGACCUUCGGUCAGUGCUCCGACCACAGGCGACACGAGCACACUCACUCUGUAAAUGCGAGGAAGGGACAGGUUUGCCGCCACGGCUCUCGGCCUCGGCACCUCCGUGCGGGAGAAGCCCGAGGUCGGUCAUCACUGCGCACGCCGCUCAGCGGGCACCGGGCCUGCGCCCAAGAAAGCUCAGUGAGGUCUGAGUAGACGCUCGCCCCAGAUGGAAGAGGAGAACGCUCUUGAGGAACACCAAAAGUCACACCGCGGUGAAGACUCACGGGAACCCCUUGGCUCACAGAGAAGCCCCGUGGCGCGUGUGAGGACACAGACCCUACGGAGCAGUGUCGCCAGCAGAGGAGAAUCCAGUGGUCACUCACUUCUUAGCCAACGUUAAAGUUCUUACCCUAAGGAGACAUCAGUCGUGAAACCAAAGUGGAGGUAACUUCAGCUAGAUUUCACAUCAGAAAACUAAGUCGGGGGACAAAAACCUCUAAAAGAGCCUUUUGACGUAGAAUUUAGCAAAUAUUUCAGGAUUUUCAGAAAAUAACUAUUCAUGGGGAAAAUGUAGCAUGUAAGUGCAGAAUAGUAAGGUGAUCCGGGAAUACUGAAUGCAGAAGUUUGUAAGAAAUUAAAUUUUUUCAAUAGAUUAUUACUUGUAAAUAUUUAAACAAUAAACCCUGUUGCUGAAAAAUCUAA